AUGCGUGAAUACCAUUUCAUUACACGAAAAUCGAACUCGGGGAAGUGUGUACAAGUGUGCUUGACUUUUGAGUUUGUUGCAGGAUUUACUCCUGAAAUAACUCAACAUGACGAGUAUAAAGUUCACUAAUGAACAGCUAAAGGGGUUGUAUGAAUUUGUGAUGCUGUGUAAAAUGCACCCCGAAAUAAUUCACGAUAAAAAGUUGGCGUUCUUUCGCGAGUGGCUUGAAAGCCUGGGAGCCAAAUUGCCAGAUCCCCCAAUGCCUAGCCAGCCAGAGGCCCCACCACAAGAAGAAAACAUGGAUUCCAAACCUGAACCCAAUAAAGAGGCUCCAUCACCUGAACCAGAACCAGAGAGUGAAGAGAGUGAUGUUGACAUUGAUCAGACGGGUGUCAUUGAGCCAGAUGUUGAUGAGCCUGUGCCAAUGGGAGAUGAUUCUAUUGAGGUUACAGAAGAAAUGAUGGAUGAGGCAAAUGAUCUUAGGAUGAAAGCAAUGGAAGCCAUGAAUGAAGGUAACCUGGAAGAGGCUAUUAAGCUUUUUACUGAUGCGAUUAUGAAAAACCCCCAUUCAGCACCAUUGUUUGCUAAACGGGCAAGUUGCUUUAUCCGAAUGAAGAAGCCAAAUGCUGCUAUCAGAGACUGUGACAAGGCGGCUCAGAUUAACCCAGAUUCGGCUCAGAUUUACAAGUGGAGAGGACGUGCCCAUGAGUUUCUUGGUCACUGGGAGAAAGCCGACAAGGACCUUGCGCAGGCCCUCAAACUUGACUUUGAUGAACAAGUCAACGAGUGGUUCAAGGAUGUUCAUCCAAAGGCUCUAAAGAUUGCUGAGCAUAAUAGGAAAUAUCAGAGAAAGCGGGAAGAAAAAGAACUCAGGGAAAAAAAAGAGAGAAUAAGGAAAGCACAGGAAGCCCAAGAGAAAGCACGGAAGGAGGAAAAGGAAAGGAAAAGAAAACAAGAGAAAGCACAUACAGGAGGAUUCCCUGGAGGAAUGCCCGGAGGAAUGCCUGGGGGAAUGCCUGGGGGAUUCCCUGGUGCUGGGGGAAUGCCUGGGGGAUUCCCUGGUGCUGGAGGAAUGCCUGGGGGAUUCCCUGGUGCUGGGGGAAUGCCUGGGGGAUUCCCCGGUGCUGGAGGAAUGCCUGGGGGAUUCCCUGGUGCUGGGGGAAUGCCAGGUGGUCCAGGUGGUAUUGAUAUCAACACGAUUCUCAAUGACCCUGAAGUGAUGCAAGCUUUCCAGGAUCCAGAAGUCAUGGCUGCUUUCCAAGAUGUCAAUCAAAACCCUGCCAAUAUGGCCAAGUACCAGAACAACCCCAAGAUCAAGAGAAUUAUUGAGAAACUUGCCACCAAGUUCGGAGAGCCCGGACAAGGAUUCCCUCCCGGUGCCCCCCCUGGCAGUGGUGGAUUUCCUCCAGGUUCAGGUUUUCCACCAGGUGGGUUCCAGCCCCCGCCUAGUGGGGGAGGUUUUGCUGGAAACAUGCCUGAUAUCGACUAAAUAGACUCGGACCAAUGUACUUCUUUUUUGGUGACUGUCAUGUACACGAUGUAUCGAAGCACUCUUCACUUGUUUUACAGCGUAGGCAAGUACGUGGUAAUGAGAAAAUAGGGACCUUAAGCAAUGUCAACGGCAACGCGGACGCCAACGGCAGAAAACCAUCAUAUUUGAUUCAGAAUUCAAUAGCAGCACUUGGAAAUGCGUUCUGUCUGAUACAUUUCAGCCGUUUUCCGUAAAACCACGACGUAAAAACUCGAAGUUUCACGGUCAAUUGAGGACACGGACGUUUGCAUCGUGAACUCCACUAACUGCGUUCGCUGCUGUAUAAAUAAAUGUCCUUAGUUUACAUUUUACUGUCUCUGACUAUAAUGUUUUGCUUAUUCCGUUGCAAUUAGAUUAUUAUUGAUCACUACGCGCGAAAACAUCUUUUUCGAUCGCGUUGUCCUAGCCGUCGUCGUCGUUUUUGUUUAAGGUCCCUUACUGCAUCCAAUACCCUCUCGUUAAAUCUGGUGUUACACUCAGUUUAUUAAGCAAGUUAUACAUGUCGCUACGUUGCACGUGGUUUCAUAGACCGUUAAGCUGUUAAGCAGUUAGGUUUUGUAUCUUUUUAUGCGGUAUUACUGUAAAACACUACUGGAUUGAUGUAAUUGCAGUGCAUCAUUACUAGCAAUAAAGACCUUUUUGAGUCGAA